GUAUCAGGCGACACCGGUGUUUGGAGGACGGUCAGGUAGUCUAAUGAGGUUAUGCACAGCUGCAUCGAUUAACCGGGAUCAAUUAUUUUUAAUUCACAGCAUUAACACGGGUGAGUCAGACACAUUGAACCAGAGCAUGUCAGGGUUAAAAUGCAAUACAUCCCUACCUGUGGCGAUGGGUUUCAUGUUGGUGGGCCUCCCAUACUCCAUUUCUCUCGCCGCUCAGUGGCUUUAUGGCUGGCCUAACAAACCUGGAUAUAAGAAGUACAUGGAAGCUCUGAAACCAAGGCGAAUAUACUGUUUGACCAGAGCUGUGCUGGAAACCUUAAAGUAUCUGCAGUAUGGGAGACUUUACUUCCAGUGGAAGUCGUGGUACAAGAAUGACAAAAACCGUGAACAUUAUGAAAAGGGCAUCACAUUUGGCCGCCGAGGCAACAAGCUUGACUUGUACCACCCGCCAAACGUGGACAGAUCUAAAGAUGUCCCAUCACCACUGGUGGUUUUCAUCUACGGGGGGGCAUGGGGCUCCGGAGACCGAUCCAUUUACUGUUUGCUGGCCCGGCAGAUGGCUGAAGAACUGAGUGCUACAGUCAUUUGUCCGGAUUACUUCACCUAUCCGAAGGCAAACGUUUUAGGGAUGGUUCAAGAUAUUGCUGACUGCUUGAUUUGGGCUCGAGAGAGUGGAGCAAAGUUCAACUUUGACAAAGACAAUAUAGUGUUAAUUGGUCAUUCAGCGGGUGCACAUUUGUGUGCACUGACCACGUUGUUUCUCAUUGAUGCAAGAGAAGAGCUUUUCAUAGAGGUCAGCAUUCAAAGGGACAUCAUACUGGCAAUAAGAGGAGUUAUUGGUCUGAGCGGUGUGUACAACAUAAUGGACCAUUAUGAGCACGAGCAGAAGCGGGCAGUCGAAUACGUCUCCACCAUGCACAAAGCCAUGAACGGAGUGGAGAACUUCCCGUAUUAUUCACCAACACACUUACUGGAGAAGUUCAGCCAGGACAAACUGAGCAGAGUCCCUCCAUUCGCUUUGCUACACGGGACCAGUGACAUUAUCGUUCCAGUUGAAUCUUCCAUGAAGUUCUCUGAGCUCCUCACCUCACUGUCCAUAAAGGUGUCGCUCUACCUGCUGCCCAAAGUUGACCACACUGAGAUUGUCACCGACCUGAUGGCAUCUGACAGGCACUUCUACCAUCCCAUCUACAGCUGUAUCAAACAGGAGUACAAAAAACUUUUGGGAACCUACUGAUUUAAGAUGUAAAUCAAAGAACUAUCAUCCAUUCAACACUUCUGUCUGCUGAUUGUGCAGGGAUAUGUUUACAUAACUAUCCGCUCUAAUACCUCAAAAUGAAACCGAGUACGCCUUGAUUUUAACAUGGUUCUUUUAACUUGUGAUUCCAUAUUUUGGAUUUAUAUUUGAAACAGUUAUGUGAUUAUAAUGAAGUCAAUCCAGGAGCUGUAUCUGAAUAAUGCUGAAUCUAUUUUAUGGGUGGGGGGGAUUCUAAAUGGACUAAAAUAAUAAUACUUGAUAAUGUCGUUCUAAUAUUUAAGUGGAGAGAUGUUACCCAGAGUAAAGUGAAGAGAAAUAAGUACAGCUGAAGUGAACACAGCUGAGAACCAAUGACAGUAUUAUGAACAACAUGUGAAGCAUUCUUUCAUGUAAUGUUGAAAUGGGAGUCCAGGUAGCAGACCUGAAUCUCUGUUCCUGGACCAACUAUGAUCUACUGAUUAAUUAUUAACCUGUAAAAUGUUUCCAAAUCAAAGUUUUCUUGCUUCAUUGUAUUAUCUUGAAUAACUAUUUAUUGAUCUCAGAUACAUUAAACCUGACUGGACAAAUGUA